UCCCACUAACUUCCAUUGGUAGACUUAUAAUGCCCCAACAAAAGCAAAGUGGCCUUCUUUCACCUUUUUGCCCCAUUUUCAAAACAUAAAAGCCCUAGCAUUGCCCCAGCUACUUUUAUGUUAUAAUUUGUCCACUAAUCACAGUACUUUAACAUUUUAAUAUGAUUAUUAAUAUCUUCUUUCUUGCUGUUGGAGAGAUGAGUGAGUGGAAAACGCCUGUAUUAAUAUAGGGAGAGGCCAUUGAAACCAUCAUUACUCAUCUUGCUGCAGAGACUCAGUAUUAUUACUGCAAUAUUAAGCUAGAUUAGAGUGUGCAAUAAGCUGAGAAAGUUGGUCAAUCAAGAAUGGAGGUUGAUGCUGUGAAGAGAUUUGGGAGAGUGGUGUUGCUUCUUCUUCUCCUCAUCAACUUAGCUUUACUUUCCUUCUUCCCUUCACCUUCUCUUGCAGCUGGUGGAAGAUUGGAGCUGAAAAACCAUGAGAAGUAUAACAGGCUGCUGGCCAGUGAAGAAGAAGCUGUUGCUGCAGUCAUCUCUUCUGAGGAAGAAGUAGUCCACGAGAGGCUGCUGAGAGCCAACACAAGAGAUUAUGGAAGGUACGAUCCAACGCCGACUCUUUCGAAGCCACCUUUCAAACUCAUUCCCAACUGAUCAUCGAUUGUUCUGUCAAUGAUCAUCAACAACGACAAUCCAUCCAUCGAAGCUCGAGGAUCCAAUUACCGGCCUAUGUUAUUAUAUGUGUGAUCAAUCUAAGGGAUGUAUAUCUAUAUAUAUAUCUAUAUCUGUGGAGGAGAUGUGAAUAGGUUAUAUAUAAAUAUGUAUGGAUAAUGGAUCCACUCUAGCUAGCUAUAUACGUAUGCAUGCAUGGCAGCGCAGUUAAUUGGGAUGGUAAUAGAAACAUGUAAUAAUAAGGGACUGCUGGGAUCACGUUUGGAUCGAAGGUUAUAUGUGUAUUAGUAAUACUACUGUCAACACUACUGUUGUUUAAUUAACAUGGUUAUCUGCAUGUAAGUUUUGGUUAUCUGCAUCUAUUUUUGGUAAGUUUUGGAUUGGUAAAUGCCACAUAAUAACAUACAUAAAGCUCAUGGCAAUCGAAGUUGUAUUGCUUUGUCAAUGGACAAUGAAUGAAGCUCCUCCUAUACUACAACAAGUUAUUAUGGAGGAGGAAAAGAGAGAUUGGGACGGAUUUCUUCAUUUUUGUCUUUAGUUCCCUUGGGAUAUAUUUCUAUUCCUCUUUUGAUAUCCCAAGUUGUGCUUCAACAUUAUAUUCCCUAUAGAUAGAUAUCUAUGUGAUGAAGAAUAUAAUCUCUAGCUCGAGAUCGAAACUAAGGAAUCCAUGGUGAGUAAAAUAAGAGAAACCAUUAAGAUGAAGGAGAUUGUUGUAACUUCCUCUGGGGGUUGUCUUGUCACACUCAAAUUGAAGCAGCAGUAACGUUAUUACUUAUGUUUUUGUUUGAAAGGCAGAACUAAAGCUCGAUUAUAAUAGUACGUAGUACAUCUAGAAAGACAAAUUCCUACCAACCUCCAUUUCCAUCCUAGACUUAUAAUGCCCCAACAAAAGCCAAGUGGUCCUCUUUCAACCUUUUUUUACCCAUUUUCAAAACCCUUACUUAACACAAAGAAAGGAACGAAGAAGAGCGAUCAAGAGGUGGAGACAUCAGAAACUAAGCUUGGUUUUUUCUUUUAUCCAAGAUAAUCUUCCAUGGAAUGACCGGACAACUAAUUUAUAAGACACACAAUAUUAAAGAAUAGUAGUCUGUAUGUAACCGGAUUCCCAAUAAAAGAGCCUUUUUUUCGCCACUAAAUGGACAACUCUAUGAAAGCUCCAAGGAACAAAGAAGCCUUUAUCGCAUUCACAUUUCGAAGCAAUCAACUUGGGUCAUUACUCUAAUUCAGAGUAUUCAUGAGAAGUGUCCUGCUCUUUCUCCUUAUCUGAGUCGGUUUCAGAAACUAAGCUUGAUUGGAAGUACAAAUACUGCUUGAAAAAAGAAAAAAAAAACUUAUUG